AGAGGGAUGGGAAAUCCGGCGUCUUCCGCGCGCGCCCGCGGCAGGGGAACGGAGGGGUGCCGGACGGGAAGCAGCUCUCCACUGCGUUGUUAGAAGCUGCGUGGCCCCAAAGGGGGAGGAGAGAGGGAAGGAGAAACAAACACCAAAUAGCUGAGGCUGCGCGCGGCUCUCGCUGCGUGCGUGCGUUCGCGCGUGCGCUCACUCGCGUGGGCUCAGUGCUGGCGCGUGAGGCGGAGGCGGGCGGCGGCGGCGGCGCCUGCGCAGUCGGGCUCGGUCGACGGUUCGGAGGGGAGGAGGCGGCGGGAGGCGGAGGAGGCGGCGGCGGCGAUGGAGGUGAAGCGGCUGAAAGUGACCGAGCUACGAUCGGAGCUGCAGCGGCGGGGCCUUGAUUCGCGCGGCCUCAAGGUGGAUCUGGCGCAGCGGCUGCAGGAGGCGCUGGACGCCGAGAUGCUCGAGGACGAGGCCGGCGGUGUCGGGCCCGGGCCCGGUGGGGCCUGCAAGGCGGAGCCUCGGCCUGUAGCCGCGCCGGGCGGAGGCCCGGGCGGGGACGAGGAGGAGGACGAAGAGGAGGAGGACGAGGACGAGGACGAGGAGGCGCUGCUUGAGGACGAGGACGAAGAGCCACCCCCUGCCAAGGGCUCGGUCCAGGCCGUGCAGCCGCCGCCGGAGCCCCCGGAGGCGGCAGCCAUAGAGGCUGCGGCCGAGCCUGAUGCUUCCGAGCAGCCAGCAGAGGCCACGGCCGGGUCAGGUGGGGUAAAUGGUGGCGAAGACCAAGGCACCGGCAAGGGGGAGGAAGACGAGCCCGAGGAGCGGAACGGGGACGAGACUCCGGGAUCCGAGGCGCCGGGUGACAAGGCCGCAGAGGAACAGGGAGAUGACCAAGAUAGUGAAAAGUCAAAACCAGCAGGCUCAGAUGGUGAGCGGCGGGGGGUAAAGAGACAGCGGGAUGAGAAGGAUGAACAUGGCCGAGCUUACUAUGAAUUCCGAGAGGAGGCUUACCACAGCCGCUCAAAGUCUCCACCACCCCCUGAAGAAGAGGCAAAAGAGGAGGAAGAGGAUCAAACUCUUGUGAACCUGGACACGUAUACCUCGGAUCUCCAUUUUCAAGUGAGCAAAGACCGCUAUGGAGGGCAGCCACUUUUCUCAGAGAAGUUCCCCACCCUUUGGUCUGGGGCAAGGAGUACUUAUGGAGUGACAAAAGGGAAAGUCUGCUUUGAGGCCAAGGUAACCCAGAAUCUCCCAAUGAAAGAAGGCUGCACAGAGGUUUCUCUCCUUCGAGUUGGGUGGUCUGUUGAUUUUUCCCAUCCACAGCUUGGUGAGGAUGAAUUCUCUUAUGGUUUCGAUGGACGAGGACUUAAGGCAGAGAAUGGACAGUUUGAGGAGUUUGGCCAGACUUUUGGGGAGAAUGAUGUCAUUGGCUGCUUUGCUAAUUUUGAGACCGAAGAAGUAGAACUCUCCUUCUCCAAGAAUGGAGAAGACCUUGGUGUGGCAUUCCGGAUCAACAAGGAAUCUCUGGCUGACCGGGCCCUCCUACCCCAUGUCCUCUGCAAAAAUUGUGUUGUAGAAUUAAACUUUGGUCAGAAGGAGGAGCCCUUCUUCCCACCAUCAGAAGAGUUUGUGUUCAUCCACGCUGUGCCUGUUGAGGAGCGGGUGCGCGCUGCAGUCCCUCCCAAGACCAUAGAUGAGUGUGAGGUGAUUCUGAUGGUAGGACUACCUGGAUCUGGAAAGACCCAGUGGGCACUAAAAUACACAAAAGAAAACCCUGAGAAAAGAUACAAUGUUCUGGGAGCUGAGACUGUGCUCAGUCAAAUGAGGAUGAAGGGCCCUGAAGAACCAGAGAUGGACCCCAAAAGUCGAGACCUUUUAGUUCAGCAAGCCUCCCAGUGCCUUAGUAAGCUGGUCCAGAUUGCUUCCCGGACAAAGAGGAACUUCAUUCUUGAUCAGUGUAAUGUGUACAACUCUGGCCAACGGCGGAAGCUAUUGCUGUUCAAGACCUUCUCUCGGAAAGUGGUGGUGGUUGUCCCUAACGAGGAGGAUUGGAAGAAAAGGCUGGAGUUGAGAAAGGAAGUGGAGGGAGAUGAUGUGCCUGAGUCGAUAAUGCUAGAGAUGAAAGCCAACUUCUCUCUGCCUGAAAAAUGUGACUAUGUGGAUGAGGUGACAUACGGAGAGCUGGAGAAGGACGAAGCUCAGCCCAUUGUCACAAAGUACAAGGAGGAGGCGAGGAAGCUGCUGCCCCCCUCCGAGAAGCGGACAAACCGCCGAAACAAUCGAAACAAGCGCAACCGGCAGAACCGAAGUCGAGGCCAAGGCUAUGUGGGCGGGCAGCGCCGAGGCUACGACAACCGGGCCUACGGGCAGCAGUACUGGGGGCAGUCUGGAAACAGAGGGGGUUACCGUAAUUUCUAUGAUCGAUACAGGGGGGACUAUGAUCGAUUCUACGGGCGAGAUUACGAGUACAACAGAUACAGAGACUAUUACAGACAAUACAAUCGGGACGGCAGCCCCACAAAUGACCCAGGCACAAAAUAUGAGCUGGCCUAGGCUCCAUGGAAGGAUGUGUCCCUGCAUUUAGGGCACCUGGAUGAUCCAUGAGUGGGCAGCCUGGGGUUCCCACUUCCGCUACAUUCACCCUUGGAAGGAAAUGUCUUCUGAAAGGCAUUCUGGGGCUCAGAAGCCUCCGCCAAGUUUCACAGUCCGAGAAAGAUCGCGAGACGUUACGCCUUGGUUUUGGCCCUGGCCAGGCGGCAUGCUGGGCCCCUGCAAGGGGUGGUAGGCACACGAGGGGUGGGGACAUUGCUUGUGACAGAUGUGGCCCAAUCCACCUGAGAGGGAAACGAAAGCAUAGCAAGCCCCAGUUUUACCAGGAAACUUGAACAAUUUCGGCUUUAUCCAGCUCCAGGGGAGACCAGCAUAUAGAGGCUACCAAGAACGGCGCCCCAAGGCGAACGGGGCUGGAAGAGGA